UUUAAAUUAUUAUUAAACUAAGACACUCCUUUGAUCCACGCUGGGCGCGGUGACAUCAUUAAAAAAAAAAAAUACGCGUUGAUCUGCAGUGUCGCUUUCCGAUCAAGCUGCAAGGAACGGGGGAACCACUCCCAUCCCAGUCCUCCUCCAUCACCACCACCACCUGCUGGGAGACGCAGAGCAGUCACAACUUACCUACCUACCGGGUUUCCUGCGGGCUUAAAGCUGGUCGGCUUGCAGGCUGACAAGCAUGGAUGACAAAUCCUUCACCAAGGAGGUGGACGGCUGGAUCGAACAGCUGAAUGAAUGCAAACAGCUAACAGAGAACCAGGUUAAACUCCUGUGUGAGAAGGCCAAAGAAAUUCUUACAAAGGAGUCCAAUGUACAGGAGGUGAGAUGUCCGGUGACCGUCUGUGGAGAUGUCCACGGGCAGUUUCACGACCUCAUGGAGCUGUUCAAGAUUGGAGGGAAGUCUCCAGACACCAACUACCUCUUCAUGGGAGACUAUGUUGACAGAGGCUACUACUCUGUGGAGACAGUAACACUGCUGGUUUCUUUAAAGGUACGAUUUCCUGAAAGAAUCACAAUUCUCAGAGGGAACCAUGAGAGUAGACAGAUCACGCAAGUGUAUGGUUUCUAUGACGAGUGCCUGAGGAAGUAUGGAAACGCUAAUGUCUGGAAGUACUUCACAGACCUUUUUGACUAUCUGCCCCUCACCGCACUAGUAGAUAACCAGAUUUUCUGCCUUCAUGGAGGAUUGUCCCCCUCUAUAGACACACUGGAGCACAUCAGAGCGCUGGAUCGGUUACAGGAGGUUCCUCAUGAGGGUCCUAUGUGUGACCUGUUAUGGUCUGACCCAGAUGACCGUGGUGGCUGGGGAAUCUCACCUCGUGGUGCCGGCUAUACAUUUGGCCAGGAUAUAUCUGAGACUUUCAACCAUGCAAACGGCUUAACUUUAGUUUCAAGAGCCCACCAGCUGGUGAUGGAGGGUUUUAAUUGGUGCCACGACCGCAACGUAGUGACAAUUUUCAGUGCACCAAAUUACUGUUAUCGUUGUGGGAACCAGGCAGCAAUCAUGGAGCUCGAUGAUACCCUGAAGUACUCCUUCCUCCAGUUUGACCCUGCGCCUCGCAGAGGAGAGCCCCAUGUGACGAGGCGCACACCGGACUACUUCCUGUAAACAACACGAUGAGAGGUUGCACAGAGGCUGAAGAAAAGGAGGCCGUGGUGGUACACAGGCUUUGGGCCAUGAUAUUGACUUUCACACACGUUUUCUUAAUUUUUACCUGUCUGUGCAUGAAUUAAGUGCUUGGAAUGAUUGCCACUCUUUACUGUACUGUUACACUACCUGCUGGUAUGUCAGGAAAUAAAAAAUAUUACUGAUGACGAGUUAGACUGUUUGACCAAAUAAGGUCUUUAAACUGCAUCCUGUAUUUGGCAUGACCUCAUAUCCAAGUGAAAGCAUUAUAGGUAUUAUUUUGUAGCCAAAGUACAACAGCAUAUUCUGGAAGUAGAAUAAUAAGGCUAAAAGCCAGAAUUGUGUAUGAUCUAUUAACACUUUUGUAUUUGCUUCCUUUUUUUCUUUUUGCUGCAUUGCAUUGGAAGAAUGUUCUUUUUAUACUGUUUUAAGUAGUUCUGCUUCUGUUAUCACAAUGUAUUUAUUUAAACCUGCAUUACUGCUGCAAACGAUCUUACUUGUGUAGUAUAACUUAAUGUUUUUCAGCCAGAACUAUCUAAAAUAAAGAGUUUGGCAUUCCCUCUCUCCCUCAACA